GCAGCCGGGCCCCGGGGCCGGGGCAGCCUCACUUCCUCGCGGGACCAAGGCUGCGCUGUCACGCCAGGUUUGAACCGGAAGCGGGAAUGCUGCGCAGAUAGCGGACUCCAGCAUCUGCGGCCGCGGGCUGAGGCGACUUGAAAGCGGCGAUUUGGGCUGCAGCCACCGUCCCCGCAGGAGAUUGCCUUUGGGCUGUGGGAGUCCAGCGGUGGUGGCGCGGGAGCCGGGCUGUCGGGGAAUCGGGUCGUCCGAGCCGCCUGCCCUGGGCCCCGGACGGCCCUCUCUGCACCCCUUUCCCUCUCUGCACCCCUUUCCCUCUCUGCACCUCUUUCCGGGGCUCCCGUCCUCGCCACUCUCUCCCGCAGCAGAUUUAGCCACAGACCUUCCUCUCAGUGCCCGAGGAACCCUCCUCCGCGUCCAGAUUUAACUAGAUGACUUGACUGAUCGACUUUCUCCCCCUCUGGCAAUUAGCUGUAAUCAGCGAGUAUCUGUUGACGUGUAAACCGCAGUCGCGUGGCGAGGAGCCUGGUCUCUGGACUCGUCACCCCGCUCGGGUUCACCCUCUGGCCGGCAGCGAAGUGACCACGCGCUCCUGCCUUCCUCGUGACCGUCCUUUCCUGUGUGAUGUGUUUUCUGAAAUCCUGAACCAUGAGUCUAGCGCUUAAUGAUCUGCUUAUUUGCUGCCGUCAACUAGAACAUGAUAGAGCUACGGAACGAAGGAAAGAAGUUGAGAAAUUUAAGCAACUAAUUCGGGAUCCUGAAACUGUUCAACAUUUAGAUCGACAUUCAGAUUCCAAACAAGGAAAAUAUUUGAAUUGGGAUGCUGUUUUUAGAUUUUUACAGAAAUAUAUUCAGAAAGAAACAGAAUGUCUGAAAACAGCAAAACCAAAUGUUUCUGCCUCAACACAAGCCACAAGGCAGAAAAAAAUGCAAGAAAUCAGUAGCUUGGUUAAAUAUUUCAUCAAAUGUGCAAAUAAAAGAGCACCCAGGCUAAAAUGUCAAGAACUCUUGAAUUAUAUCAUGGAAACAGUGAAAGAUUCAUCUAAUGGUGCCAUUUAUAGAGCCGAUUGUAGCAAUAUACUGCUCAAGGACAUUCUUUCAGUGAGAAAAUACUGGUGUGAAAUAUCUCAGCAACAGUGGCUAGAAUUGUUCUCUGUGUACUUCAAGCUAUAUCUCAAUCCUUCACAAGACAUUAACAGAGUAUUAUUGGCUAGAAUCAUUCAUGCUGUGACUAAAGGAUGCUGUUCACAAACUGAUGGAUUAAAUCCCAAAUUUUUGGAUUGUUUUUCUAAGGCUAUUCAGAAUGCAAGACAAGAACAGACCUCUGCAGGUUUCAAUCAUAUCUUAGCAGCAUUUGUUAUCUUCCUCAAGGCUUUGGCUGUCAACUUUCGAAUUAAAGUGUGUGAGUUAGGAGAUGAAAUUCUUCCUACCUUUAUUUAUAUUUGGACUCAACAUAGACUUAAUGAUUCCUUAAAAGAAGUAAUUAUUGAAUUAUUUCAACUGCAAAUUUAUAUUCAUCAUCCAAAGGGAGCCAAAACCCAAGAAAAAGGUGCUUAUGAAUCAAGAAAAUGGAAAAGUAUCUUAUACAACUUAUAUGAUCUGCUAGUUAAUGAGAUAAGUCAUAUAGGGAGCAGAGGGAAAUAUUCCUCAGGAUCUCGUAACAUUGCUGUCAAAGAAAACUUGAUUGACUUGAUGGCAGAUGUUUGUCACCAGGUUUUUAAUGAAGAUACCAGAUCUUUGGAGAUUUCCCAGUCUUAUACUACCACACAAAGAGAAUAUGGUGUACCUUGCAAAAAGAGGAAAAUAGAAUUAGGCUGGGAUGUAAUAAAAGAUCAUCUCCAGAAGUCACAGAGUGAUUUUGAACUUGUGCCUUGGUUACAGAUUGUAAUUCAAUUAAUAUCAAAAUAUCCUGCAUGUUUACCUAACUGUGAGCUAUCACCAUUAUUGAUGAUACUAUGUCAGCUUCUACCUCAACAGCGACGUGGGGAACGCACACCAUAUGUAUUACGAUGCCUUAUGGAAAUUGCAUUGUGUCAAGGCAAGAAAUCAAACCUAGAAAGCUCACAAAAGUCAGAGUUAUUGAAACUCUGGAUUAAAAUUUGGUCUAUUACCUUUCGCAAUAUAAGUUUUGAACAAAUACAAGCUGAAAAUUUUGGCUUACUUGGAGCCAUAAUUCAAGGGAGCUUAGUUGAGAUUGACAGAGAAUUCUGGAAGUUAUUUACUGGGUCAGCCUGCAGACCUUCAUGUCCUGUGAUAUCCUGUUUGACUUUGGCACUGACCACCUGUGUAGUUCCAGAAACAGUAAAAAUGGGAAUGGAGCAGAAUAUAUGCGAAGUAAACAGAAGUUUUUCUUUAAAGGAAUUGAUAAUGAAAUGGCUCUUAUUCUAUCAGUUAGAAGAUGACUUUGAAAACAGUACGGAGCUUCCCCCAAUUCUUCACAGUAAUUUUCCUCAUCUUGCACUGGAGAAAAUUCUUGUGAGUCUCACUAUGAAAAACUGUAAAGCUGCAAUGAAUUUUUUCCAGAGUGUGCCGGAAUGUGAACAGCACCAAAAUGAGAAAGAAGAGCCUUCAUUCUCAGCAGUUGAAGAACUAUUUCUUCAGACAUCUUUUGACAAGAUGGAUUUUUUAGCUGUUGUGGAAAAAUGUGCAUUAGAAAAGCACCAAUCUAGUAGAGGCUUUUCUGUCCAUCCAAAUCUCAAGGAAUCACUGGAUCGCUAUCUUCUGGGAUUAUCAAAACAGCUUCUAAAUAACUAUUCAUCUGAGACUUCAAAUACAGAAAUGCUUGUCCGGUGUUCAAGUCUUUUGGUGGGUGUUCUUGGUUGCUAUUGUCAUAUUGGUGUAAUAACUGAAGAGGAAGCAUAUAAAUCAGAAUUAUUCCAGAAAGCCAAGUCUCUAAUGCAGUGUGCUGGAGAAAGUGUUACUCUGUUUAAAAAUAAGACAAAUGAGGAGUCUAGAAUUGUUUCAUUGAGAAAUAUGAUGCAUCUAUGUACAAGUUGCUUAUGUAACUGUAACAAGCACAGUCCAAAUAAGAUUGCAUCUAGCUUUUUCCUACGAUUGUUAACAUCAAAGCUAAUGAAUGAUAUUGCUGAUAUUUGUAGAAGUUUAGUCUCCUUUAUAAAAAAGCCACUUGACUAUGGACAAGCAGAAUCAGUGGAAGAUGACACUGAUGAAAAUGUAAAGGAGAUGGAGAAUCAGUCAUCCAUGAGUCUAUUUAAUGAUUACCCUGCUAGUAGUGUUAGUGAUGCAAAUGAAUCUGGAGAGAGCCAGCUUAUUAUUGGUGCCAUGAAUCCCUUAGCUGAGGAACAUCUGUCAAAACAAGAUCUGCUUUUUUUAGACAUGCUCAAGUUCUUGUGCAUAGGCGUAACCACUGCUCAGACCAGUCCUGUGUCAUUUAGAGCAGUUGAUAUUCGGAGGAAAUUGUUAAUGUUAAUUGAUCCUAGUAUACUAGAUCUUACUAAAUCUCUCCACCUACACAUGUAUCUAGUGCUUUUAAAGGAGCUUCCUGGAGAAGAAUAUCCUUUGCCAAUGGAAGAUGUUGUUGAACUUCUGAAACCACUAUCCAAAUUGUGUUCUUUAUAUCGCCGUGACCAAGAAGUUUGUAAAACAAUUUUAAACCACAUCAUUCAUUUAGUGGGGAACCUAUGUCAAGGCAAUAUGGAUUCUGAGAACACAAAGGAUGCUCAAGGACAGUUUCUAACAGUUAUUGAAGCAUUUUGGCAAUUAAUCAAGGAGGGGAAAUGCACAUUCUCUGUAAGAAUGGCACUAGUAAAAUGCCUGAAAACUUUGCUUGAGGCUGAUCCUUAUUCAGAAUGGGCUAUUCUUAAUUCAGCGGGAAAAACCUUUUCUGUAAGUGAAGUAUUUCCACAAUUUCUUGCUGAUAAUGAUCACCAAGUUCGCAUGUUGGCUGCAGAAUCAAUCAAUAGGUUAUUUCAGGAUAUGAAACAAGCAGGUUCUUCCACGUUAUUGAAAGCACUUCCUUUGAAGCUUCAGCAAACAGCUUUUGAAAAUGCGUACCUGAAAGCUCAGGAAGGAAUGAGAGCAGUGUCCCACAGUGCUGAGAACCCUGAACUUUUGGAUGAGAUUUAUAAUAGAAAAGCUGUUUUACUGAUGACGAUGACUGUGGUUUUAUACUGUAGUCCUGUCUGUGAAAAACAAGCUUUGUUUGCCCUAUGCAAGUCUGUAAAAGAUAAUGGAUUAGAACCUCGCCUCAUAAAAAAGGUUUUAGAAAAAGUUUCUGAAACUUUUGGAUAUAGACAUUUAGAAGACUUCAUGGCUUCUCACUUGGAUUAUCUGGUUUUGGAAUGGCUAAAUCUUCAAGAUACUGAACACAGCUUAUCUGCUUUCCCUUUUAUUUUGUUAAACUACACAAACAUUGGGGAUUUCUAUAGAUCUUGUUAUAAAGUUUUGAUUCCACACCUGGUGAUCAGAAGUGAUUUUGAUGAGGUGAAAUCCAUUGCUAAUCACAUUCAGAAGGAUUGGAAGUGUCUUCUAAUAGACUGUUUUCCAAAGAUUCUUGUUAAUAUUCUUCCUUACUUUGCCUAUGAGAGUAUAGGAGACAGUGGGAUGGCACAGCAAAGAGAGACUGCUACCAAAGUUUAUGAUAUGCUUAAAGAUGAAAACUUACUAGGAAAACAGAUUGACCAUUUAUUCAUUACUAAUUUACCAGAGAUUGUGGUAGAGUUACUGAUGACAUUACAUGAACCUGGGACUGCUGGUGCCAACCAAAGCACUGACCUCUGUGACUUUUCAGGGGAUUUGGAUCCUGCUCCUAAUCCACCUCAUUUUCCAUCGCAUGUGAUUAAAGCAACAUUUGCCUAUAUCAGCAGUUGCCAUAAAACCAAGUUUAAAAGCAUUUUAGAAAUUCUUUCCAAAAGCCCUGAUUCCUAUCAGAAAAUUCUUUUAGCCAUAUGUGAACAAGCCACAGAAACAAAUAAUGUUUAUAAAAAGCACAGAAUUCUUAAAAUAUAUCACCUGUUUGUUAGUUUAUUACUGAAAGAUAUAAAAACUGGCUUAGGAGGAGCUUGGGCCUUCGUUCUUCGAGAUGUUAUUUAUACUUUGAUUCACUAUAUCAACAAAAGGCCUUCUCGUUUUAUGGAUGUGUCAUUGCGUAGCUUCUCCCUUUGUUGUGAUCUGUUAAGCCACAUUUGCCGCACUGCAGUGACUUGCUGUAAGGAUGCUUUAGAAAAUCAUCUUCAUGUUAUUGUUGGUACACUGAUACCCCUUGUGGAUAGUCAGAUGGAAAUUCAGGAGCAGGUAUUGGACUUGUUGAAAUACUUAGUGAUAGAUAACAAGGACAAUGAAAACCUCUAUAUGAUGAUUAAACUUUUAGAUCCUUUUCCCGACCAUAUUGUCUUUAAGGAUUUGCGUAUUACUCAACAGAAAAUCAAGUACAGUAGAGGACCCUUUUCACUCUUGGAGGAAAUUAACCAUUUUCUCUCAGUAAGUGUUUAUGAUGCACUUCCAUUGACAAGGCUUGAAGGAUUGAAGGAUCUUCGAAGACAGCUAGAACAACAUAAAGAUCAGAUGGUGGAGCUCAUGAGAGCCUCUCAAGGUAACCCACAAGAUGGCAUAAUGGUGAAGCUGGUUGUCAGCUUGUUACAGUUAUCUAAGAUGGCAUUAAAUCACACUGGUGAAAGAGAAGUUUUAGAGGCUGUCGGGAGCUGCUUGGGAGAAGUGGGUCCAGUAGAUUUUUCUACGAUAGCUAUACAACAUAGUAAAGAUACAUCUUAUAUUAAGGCCCUUGAGUUAUUUGAAGAUAAAGAACUUCAGUGGACCCUCGUAAUGCUGACCUACCUGAAUAACACAUUGGUAGAAGAUUGUGUCAAAGUGCGAUCAGCUACUGUUACCUGCUUGAAAAAUAUUUUAGCCACAAAGACUGGCCAUAGUUUCUGGGAGAUUUACAAGACGACUACUGAUCCCAUGCUGAUCUAUCUACACCCUUUUAGAACAUCGAGGAAAAAGUUUUUAGAGGUACCCAGACUUGACAGAGAAAGCCCUUUAGAGGGUUUGGAUGAUACAAGCCUGUGGAUUCCUCAAAAUGAAAAUCAUGAUGUUUGGAUAAAGUCACUGACUUGUGCGUUUUUGGAUAGUGGAAGCAUAAAAAGUGAAAUUCUUCAGUUACUAAAGCCACUGUGUGAGGUGAAAGCUGACUUUUGUCAGACCGUGCUUCCAUACCUGAUUCAUGAUGUUUUACUUCAAGAUGCAAAUGAAUCAUGGAGAAAUCUGCUUUCUAUGCACAUUCAGGGAUUUUUCACUAACUGUUUCAGAUACUCCUCACAAACGAACCGAUCCAUGACCCCUGCAAGUUUGGAUUCAGAGCCAGAGCACUUUUCCCGAUGUUGCUUGGAUAAAAGAUCACAAAGAACAAUGCUUGCUGUUGUGGACUACCUGAGGAGACAAAAGAGAUCUUCCUCAGGAACAGUGUUUGAUGAUGCUUUCUGGCUGGAGUUGAAUUAUCUAGAAGUUGCCAAGGUAGCUCAGUCUUGUGCUGCUCACUUUACGGCAUUACUCUAUGCAGAAAUCUACGCAGAUAAGAAAAACACGGAGGAUCAAGAGAAAAGAAAUCUUGUAUUUGAAGAGGGAAGCCAAAGCACAACCAUUUCUAGCUUGAGUGAAAAAAGUAAAGAAGAAACUGGAAUAAGUUUACAGGAUCUGCUCUUAGAAAUCUACAGAAGCAUAGGGGAGCCAGACAGUCUGUAUGGCUGUGGCGGAGGGAAAAUGCUACAACCCCUUACUAGACUACGAACAUAUGAACAUGAAGCAAUGUGGGAGAAAGCCCUAGUGACAUAUGACCUUGAGACAGCAAUCUCUUCGCCAACACGCCAGGCGGGGAUCAUUCAGGCCUUGCAGAAUUUGGGACUCUGUCAUAUUCUUUCUGUCUACUUAAAAGGAUUAGAUGAUGAAAAUAAAGAGUGGUGUGCUGAACUACAGGAACUUCAUUACCAAGCAGCAUGGAGGAAUAUGCAAUGGGACCACUGCAUUUCUGUUAACAAAGGAAUAGAAGGAACCAGUUACCACGAAUCAUUGUACAAUGCUUUGCAGUCUCUGAGAGAUAGAGAAUUCUCCACAUUUUAUGAAAGUCUCAAAUAUGCCAGAGUAAAAGAAGUAGAAGAGUUGUGUAAGGGCAGCCUGGAGUCUGUGUAUUCACUCUACCCCACACUUAGCAGAUUGCAGGCCAUUGGAGAGCUCGAAAGCAUUGGGGAGCUUUUCUCAAGAUCAGUCGUGGAAAGGCAACCCUCUGAAGUAUACAUUAAGUGGCGGAAGCACUCCCAGCUUCUCAAAGACAGUGAUUUUAGUUUUCAGGAGCCUAUCAUGGCUCUGCGCACAGUCAUCCUGGAGCUCUUGAUGGAAAAAGAAAUGGAGAACUCCCAAAGAGAAUGUUUUAAGGACAUUCUCACCAAGCACCUUGUGGAACUCUCCAUACUAGCCCGAACUUUCAAGAACACCCAGCUCCCUGAAAGGGCAAUAUUCCAAAUUAAACAAUAUAAUUCAACUAGUUGUGGAGUUUCUGGGUGGCAGCUGGAGGAAGCACAAGUAUUCUGGGCAAAGCAGGAGCAGAGCCUUGCCCUGAGUAUUCUCAAGCAAAUGAUCAAGAAGUUGGAUGCCAGUUGUUCCGAGGAUGAUCCCAACCAAAAACUUAUAUACACAGAAUGUCUGAGGGUUUGUGGCAACUGGUUAGCAGAAACUUGCUUAGAAAAUCCUGCAGUCAUCAUGCAGACCUAUCUAGAAAAGGCAGUAGAAGUUGCUGGAAAUUAUGAUGGAGAAAGCAGUGAUGAGCUCAGAAAUGGACAAAUGAAGGCAUUUCUCUCAUUAGCACGGUUCUCAGAUACUCAGUACCAGAGGAUUGAAAACUACAUGAAAUCGUCAGAAUUUGAAAACAAACAAGCUCUCCUGAAAAGGGCCAAAGAGGAAGUGGGCCUUCUUAGGGAACAUAAUAUUCAGAGCAAUAACAGAUACACAAUAAAGGUUCAGCGAGAGCUGGAGCUGGAUGAAUGUGCACUCCGUGCACUGAAAGAGGAUCGGAAGCGUUUCUUAUGUAAAGCUGUUGAAAAUUACAUCAGUUGCCUGUUAAGUGGAGAAGGGCAUGAUAUGUGGAUAUUUCGUCUUUGUUCCCUCUGGCUUGAAAAUUCUGGAGUUUCUGAAGUCAGUGGCAUGAUGAAGAGAUAUGGAAUGAAGAUUCCAUCAUAUAAGUUUUUGCCUCUUAUGUACCAACUGGCUGCUAGAAUGGGGACCAAGAUGACGGGAGGCCUAGGAUUUCAUGAAAUCCUCAAUAAUCUCAUCUCUAGAAUUUCAAUGGAUCACCCCCAUCAUACUUUGUUUAUUAUAUUGGCCUUAGCAAAUGCGAACAAAGAUGAAUCUUUGACAAAAUCAGAGGCAGCAAGAAGGAGUAGAAUAACUAAAAAUGCACCUAAACAGAGCUCUCAGCUUGAUGAGGAUCGCACUGAGGCUGCAACCAAAAUUAUAAGUGCUAUCAGAAGUAGGAGACCCCAGAUGGUCAGGAGUGUUGAGACACUUUGUGAUGCUUAUAUUAUAUUAGCAAACUUUGAUGCCACUCAGUGGAAGACUCAGAGAAAAGGCAUAAAAAUUCCAGCAGACCAGCCAAUUACUAAACUUAAGGACUUAGAAGAUGUUGUUGUUCCUACUAUGGAAAUUAAGGUAAUUUACCAUCAACUCUUUUAUUUUAUUAAACUCAAUUCCUCUGUUACCCUUUCGCUGUCCUCAGAUGUCUCUUGCUAUGAUUUUAUUGUAAAGAAAUCAACUAUGCUUAGUUAUUCAUUUUUUAUUAUUAUUCUGAAGGGCCGUGAUGACCUGAGACAAGAUGCUGUCAUGCAGCAGGUUUUCCAGAUGUGUAAUACAUUGCUGCAGAGAAACACUGAGACCAGGAAGAGGAAGUUGACUAUCUGCACAUACAAGGUGGUUCCCCUUUCUCAGCGAAGUGGUGUUCUUGAAUGGUGCACAGGAACUGUCCCUAUUGGUGAAUUUCUUGUUAACAAUGAGAAUGGUGCUCAUAAAAGAUACAGGCCAAAGGAUAUCAGUGCCUAUCAAUGCCAGAAGAAAAUGAUGGAUGCGCAAAAGAAGUCUUAUGAAGAGAAAUAUGAAACAUUCAUGGAUAUUUGUAAGAAUUUUCAACCAGUGUUCCGUUAUUUCUGCAUGGAAAAAUUCUUGGACCCAGCUGUUUGGUUUGAGAAACGAUUGGCCUAUACUCGCAGUGUGGCUACUUCUUCUAUUGUUGGUUACAUACUUGGACUUGGUGAUAGACAUGUACAGAAUAUCUUGAUAAAUGAGCAAUCAGCAGAACUUGUACAUAUAGAUUUAGGGGUUGCUUUUGAACAGGGUAAAAUCCUUCCUACUCCUGAAACAGUGCCUUUUAGACUCACCAGAGAUAUUGUGGAUGGGAUGGGCAUUACAGGUGUUGAAGGUGUCUUCAGAAGAUGCUGUGAGAAAACCAUGGAGGUGAUGAGAAACUCUAAGGAAACACUGUUAACCAUUGUGGAGGUCCUCCUGUACGAUCCUCUCUUUGACUGGACCAUGAAUCCUCUGAAAGCUUUGUAUUUACAGCAGAGGCUGGAAGAUGAAACUGAGCUUCACCCCACGCCCAAUGCUGAUGACCGAGAGUGCAAACGAAACCUCAGUGAAAUUGACCAGAGUUUCAACAAAGUAGCUGAGCGUGUCUUGAUGAGACUACAAGAGAAACUAAAAGGAGUGGAGGAAGGAACUGUGCUCAGUGUGGAUGGACAAGUGAAUUUGCUCAUACAACAGGCCAUGGACCCCAAAAACCUCAGCCGACUUUUCCCAGGAUGGAAAGCUUGGGUGUGAUUUUUGGCAUAUGAAAUACCCUUGAAUUCAACCUUCAGAGGUUAUAUGUUGGCCUUUAUUUUUGACCCACCUCCAUACUUUGAAUAUAUGGUAGUAAUAUUAGCUAAGCAAACUACUUACUGUGUUGUUUAAAAAGUGUUUCAUACUCGCUUCAAUCACCUAAAGUUGCUUUGAGGUCUCAAGGGACAUCUCUACUUGCACACUUUAGAAAUAAUUAUCAUUCACGCUCUACUUCUAGGCUAAACAUUUAUUUUUUUUCUCCUCAAAUUCAUGCCUGUAUCAUUUCCGGUAGAGUCACUGACUUAUUUUUGCUUUAGCUGAAAAUGGAAGCAGAGGAAUGCCAGAAUAUCACUGACAGUUUCUCCUGCCUUCUAUAUUAGAACCACUGGUUUUAAUUAACAUUUGUUUCCCAGAUAUUACAUAUGAAUGAAAAUUAUUUUAUAUUAACAUAUAAAAGGAAGAAAAAAAUUCAAAAUUGUAACCAUCUAUAUAUCAGGGUAAAAACAACCUUAAAAAUAAGAAACAAUGUUGGAAACAGCAGCAUUUAAUAGGUUUGGGUUUUUAGUAGCAAGAUCACUCAAUGUUACUGAAUAAAAAAAGUUGUAUGGAGAAAAAACUUCAAGUAUGAUUACUAUUAUAAAAAGAUGUAUAUUGAACCUACUCAUUCUAUCCUCUUUACCUUUUAAGCCCAUCUGUGUUUUCCAUUACUUUAUCUUUCUGUGAUGCCUUCAUCUCUGUCUUCUAGUUCAUGAAUUAUCUUGUCAGCUAUCUGUAUAAUCUCCUUUUAAAAUUAUUCAUUGGGUUUCUUCUUUCAAAACUUGCUUUUAAUUUCUAGCUGUGUAUCAUUCUUCAGAUCUGCCUGUUGUUUCAUGAUGUCCUUUUAAAAAAACUUUUCAGUUCCUUUUGUGUCACUAAUCACUUUAAUUAAACAUCCCUGUUUUAUAGGCUAAUAGCUCUAUUAAAUCAAGUUCCUCUUGUUUGUGUGUGUUGGUCCUUAUAUAUAUUUGUAGACUGUUUACCCGUGUAUUUUGUAAGUUUGAAAAGUGAGCUUAUUUUCAGCAAGGCUUUCUCUGGGGGGAUCUUGCGUGGCCUGCGUUAAGAAUAAUUCCUUCGAGAUAAAUUGUGUGUCUUAUGUCAUAUUCCCAGGGCUGUUACUGACUAAGAACCACUGGAUGUUAAUUUCUUGGCUUCGGAGAUUCCAGACCUCAGAGUGUAAAUACUGAGGAGACACCCAGGCCAAGACUGACCCUUCCUCAGUGUCCUCCUGUGCUGGUGGGCAGAAUGUUUCCUGGCCUCCCUUCCCCCGAGGCUGCCCUCCUCAUGUGUCCCAACUUCAUGUUGGGCUGCAAGGGAGGUGUGUUUUAUUCCUACCCACUGCCUUCUGCAAGUCCAAGGUUUCACCAUUUCCCUUAUAGACAGAUGUUAAAGCAGAAACCCAUAGGUUAGUGGGGUUGGCAGUGGAAACCACGUAGAGAAGCUACUAGAAAAGCUAAUAAAUUGAGACUAAACAGUUUGUCCAGAUCAAGGAGAUCAUAGCCACCCCACCAUUCUCUGUGCUAGUCAUACCACCCCAAAGUAUCUCCCUCAUCAGUAGGUACGUAAUUCCAUGGUUAUUAUAGCAUACACUUAAAAUAUGUACACUUAGAAAUGCUAAGAAUUUGAAAUGGUCUAAAGCAAAUAAAUGCAAAACGAAAAAACUUUGAACUUACUAAAGAUUUAAGUAAGCUGGUCUUUAAAAAUAUGGAAUGCUAGUGUAUUGGCUUGAAAUAUAGAGAUAUAAUGCCAUUUCACAUUUUAAUUGCACCUUAAUGAAAUUAUAUAUUUUAUAUAGAUUUAUUUUAGGACUAUUGAAUGUAUUUCUUUACUGUUACUGUUUCUGAAUAAAUAAUUCUAAAAAUGUG